AUCCGUCCCGGUGUGUAAGCGAACCGUUGGAAAAGCGUUGAUAGCAACGGUGUCUGUGUGUGCGCGUGUGUGUGCGAACGUCUCCCGGAGAAACGGGACUCUGCUGAAGAAGAGCUCUCGGGCUGGUGUCGAGUGCGCGCGCGCUCCGAACGGAAAGUGAAGUAGUUUACCCACACGAAAACGGGACUCCGGUUCCCCGUUGUCCCCGUUGCAGGCGAUAUGUGGUGAAUGCAGCAGCAACAGCAUCCACAACAUACCAACCCCAAGUGUGCCCCACCCCCCGUGUGUGUGUGUGACAUACAAACCAAAACCCGGGCGACCGACACCGAGGUCCGCGCCUCUGAUAACCUGAAAGUGGAAGUACUGCGGAGCAGGAGCAGCAAGCAGUGAGGGUCCCGAUCCAGGACCCGUUACGAAAGCCCGUCCGAAGAUGCCUGUGUCCAGCCGGGCCGGACAGCGAUCGAGAGUGAUCGUCGGGUCCGUAGCGGUUGCGCUCGCAACGAUCUGUCUUGUGGCAGGUCGAGCCAACGGGCUACAGGGAUACUACGGUACCAAGAUCGCCGAUCUCACCGAGCUGCACCACGGUGUGUCCGGUUCGGUGUACGCGGUCGACGCGCGUACGCUCUUCCUGAAGAACUUCAACUACGAUGGCGAAGGGCCAGCGGCCUACUUCUACGUCGGCAAUACGCGCGCUCCGAGCAACAAGGGCGCGCACCGGCUACGCGACGAACGGGGUCGUACCGGUGUGCUGAGGAAGUAUCGUAAUGAGGACAUCACCCUAUCGCUGCCGGAGGGCAAAACACUGCGCGACAUUCGUUGGUUUUCGGUGUGGUGCGAUGACUUUUCGGUUAACUUUGGUGACGUGCAGAUCCGCAACGAGCUGGACUUUCCGCGCCCGACCAAGAUCGCCGGUCUGAGCGGCGUGCAUGACGUUGCUUCGGACAACAUCGUGAUCGUCGAUGCGCAAACCCUGCUCAUACCGAACUUUAGCUACGACGGUGAAGCUCCCGAUGCCAAGUUCUGGGUGGGCCGUGGACCGACGCCGACCUCGCAGGGUAUCCGGAUACCGGACGAGAACGGGAAGGAGACUCCGCUCCGGCGGUACGACAAGAAGACGAUCGUGCUGACCCUGCCGGGCGAUCUGACCGUGUUCGACAUCGGCCACUUUGGCGUGUGGUGCGAGGCGUUCACCGUGGACUUUGGGCACGUGCGCAUCCCGGACCAGAUCAACGUGCCGCCGUCGCUGAAAAUGUUGGGCAUCAGUCCGCAGUCGAAACUGAACUGUGAAGUGCUGCUGGAGGAGCUAUCGUUCGAGGUCCGUUGGGCCGUCGCCGGUGAGAGUGUGGUCGUGCAGUUGGUUGCCAAACUAGAUGACGGUGAGUACAUGUCUUUCGGCGUGUCACCGAAUCCACAGCAAAGUCAGAUGGUCGGUGCAGACGCGGCUGUCGUUUGGGUCGAUAAGUCGACCGGGAAGGGCUUUGCGCAGGAUUACUACCUCGAUGCCAAGUCGCAGUGCUCGGGAGCCCGUGGUAGCUGCCCCGAUACGCGCAUCACCGAAAACAGCAACUCGAUCCGUUUGCUCAACGCGGCCAUGGUGAACGGGUACUCGAUCGUCACCUAUCAGCGGCCGCUACGGGCAUCGGAUCACCUGGAUCUCGCGAUCUUCACGAACGCGUCGCAAGCGAUCGUUUGGGCGGUGGGACCACUGAACCAACGGUACGAGGUCUCGUACCACUCGCACUACCUGAAGGGUAACAAAGUGAUCGACUUUGGGCGUCAACCGUACUGGAACUGUCCGACGCCCGAGACCGACCAGAAGCAGCAGUCGGAUCGACUGAGUGGACAGGCGCCGCAGAAACUGGCCCAGAACUAUCCGGCCACGGGCAAUCGACGUGAGGACGUGCCGAACGGUGUGCCGCAACGAAAUCCGUCGCGUCCGGCCACGGCACGACCACCGGCGAAACCGGAUGCCUGGGAGAUUCCACCGAUUCAGUGCUACGAGCCGGAGGACGGGGUGUUCUACGCUCAACUGGGCCCGACCGGCGGCAAGCACGGAUACCCGUCGAUCACAGGCCAUGUGGGCUGGGGUAUCUCGUGGUACAUCAACGGGCUGCUGAUUCCGGAGGUCAAUGUGGUGCGAGGCAAAACGUACACUUUCGUGGUGGAGGGUGGCCUGGAUCCGAACGUGCCGGCCAAGUACCACCCGUUCUACAUUACGGACGAUCCAGUUGGCGGGUAUGAGCAUCAGUCGGAAGAGGAUCGCAAGAACAUACGCAUCUUUGCUGGGGUCCAUCGUAGUCGCAGCGGGAAGCUGAUGCCGACCGGCGUGGGCCGUCUGUGCAACUGGACCCCCAAUCAGGAUGGUCCACCGGCGGACGAGUACCCGUCGUUCGGAGCUUAUCAGCGGAGUCUGACGCUAAAGUGUGACAGUGGCGAACCGGGCAUCAUCACUUGGACGCCGGAUGCGGACACCCCGGACACGGUGUACUAUCAGUGCUACAGUCACCGUUACCUGGGCUGGCGCAUCAACGUGCUCGAUUCCUGCGACGUUGCCCAGCCGAGUGAGAUUGACGAGGUGUACGCCGAGCCGAACGAGGGUAUCUCGGCGGAGGAAUCGAUCCGGCACGAGUCGAAGGUUCUGCCGGCCGAUAAUUUCCUGCAGCAGCACGAGAACUUUCUGCAAAAGCACGAGAUGGACUUGAUCAAGCACCACAAGAUGAACCCGGACACGAAGCCGGACCAGUACGACAUCAAUCUGGAGGAGCACCCGGAAAUGACGCGCAUCAUCGAGGACGGUAUCCGGGCGGCGGAAGAGUUGGAGGAGAAGCUAAAGGCCAACCAGACGAUCACCGGUAACCAAACGGUGGUGGUCCAUGGUGUGCACGGACCACACGGGCCUCCUGGCCCACCGGGACCACCCGGUCCCGGUGGUCACCGAUUCCCAGGACCUGGCCCGUACCCGGGAUCGGUGAAACCGAUCCUGUCUUCUUCCGGACUGCCGGUCUAUCUGCGCCCCCCGAAUAGCGGCCCUAUGUUCCGACCCGUGAAGCUUCCCGUACGCCGACCGAUCGGCAUGGAGCGACGUCCGGUGCAGGGUGGUGGUCGCCCAACGCGUCCCUUUGUCAUUCCGCAGCCUUCGAUGAUCGUGAACCACUACCAGAAGCCGGUGGCUCCGUUGAUGCGUCCGUUUGUCGGCAAGAACAAGAUGCCGAUCAAAGCGAUCGCUCCGAUACUGCUGCUGGGUGAACCGUCCGAGAUAAAGGCUCCGUACCGGAAGCCGACGGUAGAGAUGCUGAUCGGUAAGCCACCGAAACCGAUCCAUGGCCAUGGCAACGGGCUUCAGGGAUCUUCACCGGCAGGGCCGCCGUUCACCAUGCCCGACAUGCCGCCCCAUCUGAUGACGGUGAAUCUGAAGAAGAACGAACCGGUGCCGAUCACACUUCCGAUACGGCACACCGGUAAGCCGGUGAAGGACUCGCUGAAACCGAACAUCAAGCCGAUCUUCAAGAUUCCGUUCUCCGAUGUGCCCGAGCAGAAGGUAUCGUACGAUGGGUUGGCCGCCAACCAUGGAUUUAUGCCGAGCUCGGUGGUGGUCGAGAGCGGCUUUAAGCCGAUCUAUCGCCGGAAGGAUGACUAUGAUGCCGAGUUCGAGGACAACCGGGCGCACGGGUUCCUGCGGCGUCAGGAUGAUGAUAUAGACGAGGCGAUCGAAAGCGACGCCCUGAUGAUUCACGAUCAGGACGAACCGGUCAAGCAGACGUUCGAGCCGAUGUUCAUACCGUCGCCAAUGGACAGUAUGGCGAUGGCGCAGGUAAAACCGGCCGGAGCCACCGGCAGUACACGGCGUAACGUGGAGAUCCUGCCCGACGAAACGGCCGACGUGGUCGACGAUCGAGACACGCUGGCGGCUGCCAAUGAGCGAGUGGACCCAUACUACCUGCCCCCGAUCGGGACCGAUGGAUCGGUGGUGUCCUUCGAUGGGAAGGCCGUGCUCGAUGUCUCGCUGCUGGACGGUCCUUCCGAAACGUCCCACGGCCAACCCUUGCCACCGUCUGGUGGUUCCAAGACGGAGCAACUGGUUCGUGAGGUGCCCCAGUUCGGACCAUUCCGUGGGGAGGUUCCGCCGAUAGCGGACUACCUCGCGCCGGACACGGUCGCCAUCUACGGAACGCGUGGUGCGGCGGCUGUUCCGGCCCCGGUUUCCGAGUACGCGAAUCCACUGCUGCCGGGAGGUAUCAGUCCGCUGGACGGAAUGGCGAACAGUGGCGAACAACAACAGCAAGCGGCCGACAAACCGAUCUCGACCAAGCUGUCCAUCGUGAAGCCGAGCAAUCGGGAUGACAGCUCGCAGGAGGGGCGCAACGCGCGCAGCAAACGAUCACCGCACCACCACCCGGACCAUCACGGAGACAGCCACGAUGACGGCUGGCAGCCUCCGAUGGUCCCAGCCAGUGGGGCCAGCUGCAGAACGAUCGCCGGUGCUCUGCUGGCCGUCGUUCCUGCGCUCCUGGUUCGGUGAACAUUGCUGGGUUGGGCGCCCCACUAAACGGUUCCCGUCGUCGGGGCGAGGCAGUAUUAGCGGUACAGCGGAGACGGUUACUUUAGGCUUAUAAUUUUAUUUAAAACACACACACACAAAACAUCGAUUGACAGUGGAAUCCAUUUUGGGAGGUUGUAGGAUCGUAAAUUAGGCCUGACACAAAAAACGGAGUCUACCGGACGCGCCAAGCUUCGCGUAUGUUUCUGGGUGCUCGAGUUCAGACUCGAAAUAUCUUGUGAAUUGUAAAUAAAGAUGGAUAUCCUUCACA